UUGUGCAAACAAAAGUGCCUGCCCCCCAAGCCCCCAAGCCCAUAAAACCCCAACGAGGAAGAAAGUGAUCGAGUGUGCCUUCAUUUGCAUAUCCUUGCAAAUUAUUUAAAUUAAAAUAUUAUUAUUAUUAUUAUUAAAUAAUACGCAAAACGUGCAGCAAUGCCUCCUGCCGCCCAAGUGCCAUGCCAACAUACAAAAGUAUUCAAUAAUAUUCAAUAAUAAUUCGGAAAUAAAUUCCCGAAAGCGCCUGCAAAAUUUGAUUAAUCAUUGUGCCUUGAACUGGUCGUCGUCGUCGUCGUCGUCGUGACUCGUCGUGAGUCAGGGAAACGCCGCUGCCUUAAUUACCCGCAAAUCAACCAAAAUUCAACAAAUUAUUCAGUUAAAUUUAAGUAAAAGCAGCAGCCGCAGCAGCCGCAGCAGACACCGCUCUCCGUCUCUGUGUGUGUGUGAGGUGUGUGGUGUCGUCCUGUCCAUCCUUUCCUCGUACGGAGCCCCUGGAUGCAAAUAAACUCCGCCUAAAUGCAUACGGAUAUCAUAAUCGGUGACCAAUUUGCGGCCAACAAUAACUACUGGGUGAUGCAGUCCCCGGAACUGGACUAUCGGCACGAGCUGAUGGGCCGUCUCCACAAGAUAGAGCCCGCCGACGUGGAGCUGGAGGUUCUGGCCGCCACCAGCCACAGCCACAGCCACAACAGCAAUGGCAGCCAGACCCCCAGCCUUGCAGCGUCCCAGCAGCAGCAGCAGCAACAGCAACAGCAGCAGCAGCAACAACAACAUCAGUUCCACCAUCAUCACCUGCAUCAUCAUCAUUCGCACCAGCACCAGCAUCACCAUCAGCACCACCACCACGCGCACCACUUGCACCAGCAACAGCACCAGCAGCAGCAGCAGUCGCACAGUCUGCAGAGCGGCGAGAGCGGCGCUGCUGCCACAGACGCGUGGCAGCUGUCAGCGGUGGGUUAUGGCAGCACGGAUCCCCAGCAGCAGCAUGCCGCUGGCUCUCCCAACUCCAAUUCAAACUCCGCCUAUGCCUGCACGCCCCUCUACGAUGGUGCGCCCUACGAGGUGGCUCUGGUCUAUGGCGGGGGUACGGCCGCAGCCUCAGCCUCAGCCACAGGUGGUGGCAGCAGCAGGAGCGCUGGCGGGGAGAAGGAGUAUUUGUAUGAAACCAAAAACAAAGAGACGGCUUCGCUCUUUGCGGAUCCAUUGGACAAUCCGUAUCAGCGGCCAGUGCCGCUCUGGGACGAUAUCACUACCUCAAUCCAAAAUAUCGAUCCAGAGAAUGCGCUCAUGCUGAGUGCCACAACGAAUGGUGGCAGCGGCAACAACAGUAGCAGCAAUAACCACACAACCAACAGCAACAGCAAUGGGGACAAUGCAACAACGGUGCAACAGCAACAGCAGCAGCUGCCACAGGUCAAAAUGGAGGCACUCGAUGAGAGUUUGCUGGAGACUUUCUCAACGCCGCUGCUCAGUCCCCUGGAGAUUAAGACAGAGAAGCAGCAGCGACAACAGCAACAGCAGCAGCAGCAACAGGCACAACAGCAGCAGCAGCAGCAAUACCAGCAGCAGCAGCAGCAACAUCAGCAACACUAUCAGCAACAUUAUCAACAACAGCAGCAACAGCAGCAGCAGCAGCACUUGUACCAGCAUCAUCCCAGUCUGUCGUCGGUGCUGCCACCCGCUGUCGAGACGGUGGUGGAGUUGCAACUGCAACAACAGCUAGUACAGCAGCAGCAGCAGCAACAGCAGCAGCAGCUGCACAGUGGCAGCAACAGCCCCAAGCAGCAGCUGCAGGCGACGGCGACCCCCGGCGACAACGGCAGCAGCACCUCCUCCUAUCAGCAGCAAUACGCAUCUCAAUUGAAUGCCACCACAUCAGGCGGCGGCUAUCUGAACGGUAGCAACAGCAGCAGCAGCAGCAGCGGUGGCAACACGAGUGCAACGGCCAUCAGCAGCAGCAGCAGCAGCAUCAGCAGCUACGGCUAUAGCUGGCACAGCAGUCAGACAUUUCACACCAAAUACCAAAUACACCCGCCAUCCGCAGCAGCAGCAGCAGCAGCAGCCAGUGCUGCAUCCGCCCACACUGCCACGCCCACAGCUCAACAUGGCGUUGCUCAAUUGCAGCAACUGUGCCCCCCGGCGGCACCCAGCACACCCUCUGCCACAUCCUCCUCGGCCUCCUCGUCAUCGGCCUCGUCGUCGACGCGCCACAUGUUCGUGCCACCGCUGACGCCGCCCAGCUCCGAUCCCGGUAGCCCCUCAGCGGCCGCCGCAGCGGCACAGAGACGCACCACCCCGCCACCGCCCUACCAGCAAGGACACGGACUGCUCUUGGGUCUGCCACAGCCGCCGCCGCAGCUGCAGCUACUUGGAGGAGUUGGCGGCGGCUCUGCCACCACGCUCACCACCCUCACAGCCUCCGCCUCGUCAUCCGCGCAACAGCAGCUGCCCCAGCAGCAGCAGCAGCAGCAGCCCACGCCCGUGGCACCUGCGGCCCCACCGCCACGUUCGGGUGGUGGCUCCUCGGGCAGAAGGGGCCGGCAUGCGCACCAUCAGCCGGGCACAGCGGCGCACAUUGCCAGCCUCAUGAGCGUCCGGACAGUGCGCUACAAUCGACGCAACAAUCCGGAGCUGGAGAAGCGUCGCAUCCAUCACUGUGAUUUCGUGGGCUGCUCGAAGGUUUACACCAAAAGCUCGCAUUUGAAGGCCCAUCAGAGGAUACACACGGGUGAGAAACCGUACACCUGCCAGUGGCCCGAAUGCGAGUGGCGCUUUGCCCGUUCCGAUGAGCUGACGCGACACUAUCGCAAGCAUACGGGCGCCAAGCCCUUCAAGUGCAUCGUUUGCGAGCGAAGUUUUGCGCGUAGCGAUCAUUUGGCGUUGCACAUGAAGCGGCAUCUGCCCAAGAACAAAUGAGAGCGAAAGAAGGUCGCCCCCCCGGGUGCAGGCGUAGAAGGGGAGCGACCAGCAGCAGAGCAACAACAGCAACAGCAACAACAACAGCAACAACAACAACAAAAUCAACUAUACCACAAUCCAAAGGACUUUAGUUUAGAUAUGAGAAAUGAAUUCGUUUAGUUGAAAAGGUUAACUACUACAUGGUACUACUACUAAUACACACAAACACCACACACAUACAUACACACACACACACCACACACAUACAUACACACACACACACACAGAAAGAGAAAGAGAAGACACACACUGUAGGAAUCGCUGUGGAGCAAAACUCAAACUAACUCAAAUCUAAAACUAGUUUAAGCACUAGUGAAAUUACUGUUAUGUUAUGUUAUCCAUCUGCUACAACAACAACAACAAAAUCUACACCUAAGCAACGCUGAGCACCCCCUAAGCCCCUGCCCUACCCCUACCCGCACUUGUAUAAAGAUUUCUCUCGCAUAAGUUCUAAAAUAGUUUCCCGUCAUCGUAGGCUUAGAUCAUAGGCAACAAACAACAACAAAAAAAACAUAGUUCAUAGUCUGCUCUGUAUGUUACACUACAUAUGUAUGUAUUCCAUGUACUACAUAUAUACAUAUCUCCCAUAUAAAUAUCUAUCUGUAUUUUUAUCUGUAACUGUAACUGUAUUCCGUGUACGACUAGUUUUUACCCAUAGAUCUACAUAUAUGUAUUUCCACGUACUAUAUCUAUAUAUGUAUAGAUGUAUAGAUGUAUAUGUCUAGUUUAAGUGUAUGUGUGCGUCGCUGUAUACUGUUUCAAACCACCAAAAAGUGCUGGCACAAAACAAAUCCAAUAAACAUUUUUGAA